UUUUGUCACCACUAGUAGACAACCGAGCCUGAGAAAUAACUGAAGAGUAAGGAAGUUGGGAAGGCAGUCAAAAUCUUCUGAGCCCCGAGCUUUGGUCUUGCUCAAGGCUCACGAGAUCCUGGCGAAGCAAGAGGCCGCGGAGGGCCAUAUGCCAUAAGCAUAUUCAAGUACAUCGCGUAUCUGCAGAAUACUUGAUCCCUCGGAGAGUUGACGUGUGCCUCCGAAUGGCCAGAUACACCCUACUGACACACGUAACUCUAGGUUUCUCUCUUAGGCAGCCCACAUUGAAGGCAGACAGUCGUCUCUUCAACCUAGCCCAGGAUGGGUGACUAUGUGGUCACGGUUCUCCUUGAACGUUUAACUACUGUCGCAUAUGUUGAAGCUGCAUCCACAGCAGCUUUGCUUUUUGACUUCUGCAUUACUUUCGACUCGGAGGUUCGCUGGACAUGGGGGAGAAAGUGGGGGAUCGUGAGGAUAGCCUUUGUUAUUUCUCGCUACUUGCCAAUUGCAACAUGUGUCAUGUACCUAUAUUACACCGUCAUGUCAACUCGCGGAGGAAUUCCAAAUACUGAGAGGUACUAUGCUAUAAAUGGCGCCAUGAACACCUUGUGUGCUGCUGCCUCUGACACCCUGCUUGUGGCGAGGACACAUGCGUUCUGUGGAUGGGGAAAGAGGGUCUUGAUCGCGAUAUCUUUGAUCUGCGUGGCCAUGAUAGCGAUUGCGCUAACAAUUACAAAUGUUGCUACGAGUAAAGUCGGAAAUUCUACAAGCAUUCAGGGUGGACAAUACACGAGCACGGUGAGCAUAAUUUAUGGUUUGCUGAUGAUCUAUCAACUUGUAUUGAUGUCCCUGACACUGCACAAACGCUUCAACUUCUACCGAGAGGAAAACACUCCACUGAUCGCUACUGUAUAUCGGGAUGGCGUCAUUUACAUGCUGUGCAUCGUUCUGGCCUCGAUGGUGAAUUGCGUCGGCAUUGCUGUUCUUCCGUUACCGUAUACUUUUAUUUUCUACAGGGAGUCUUGCACAGUGUUCUUGCUUCACGCAUCCUGUUCAAUCUACGGGCAACGAACGAACAAGAUGUCAUUAUAAAAGGACCGAUUCCCUCGGGGGUGGUUUUUGUUCAACCAAUCGAAACCCUAUCUCGAGUGGAUUAUCUAGAACUCCAGGAUAUGUCGGACUUAAGUAACUCACUCAACUAGAUUUGUAGAUAUGUUGUGCAACAGAACUCGGUUGUCUGACUUUCCAUACUCCUACAUACACAACAAAGAGAUGAGUCGACGGAGCUGGUUAGAGAAGGUUACUUCAGUGAUGC